AUGACGUCAUUACUGUUCUUCAAAGUGACACUGGAAAUUCACAUAUACUGCCGUUAACUGUUCUAUCAUUACUUCAAGAUUUCUCAGUUUUUUCUUUCAAGAUAUUGGCCUAAGCUGAUGGUCACCUGAUCUGAAUAUGAUUUGGCUGUGUCCACAUUGUGUUUGUCUGCAAGGUUGAACUCAGGUGCAGUGGACCCAAGAAAUCAACCAGUCUCUUGGCUUCCUGGCUACAAAUGGAUAAUGUGACACAUGGAGGAAAUUGGGACCCCCCCUUACAUGAAAUAAAAUGUUUCCCUUGCCUUUUUAACUUUUCCCUGGGCAGCAGCUCUACACAAAAAUUGUCUGAAUCAAAGUUAACUUCAAAUGGCUACUCUCCGUGCGUCCACUCCAACUUCAUCACUUGCUGGUGCUACUCGUGAGCGCAAGAGAACCAUAUCUGCUCCUUGCCCUGUUCUUGGGUUGGCAGCUAAGGCACAGAAGGGGAAGGUGAGAUGUUCCAUGGAGGAAAAGCGUAGAGUGGGAGAGAGCAGCAGCAAGAAUGUGGGAAUGGCUGCAGCCAUGAUGGCAGCAGCUGCAGCAGCCAUGGGAAGCCCGGCCAUGGCUUUGGUGGAUGAGAGGAUGAGCACAGAAGGAACGGGGCUCCCCUUCGGCUUGAGCAACAACCUUCUGGUCUGGAUUAUACUGGGUGUCUUUGGUUUGAUCUGGACUUUCUACAUUGUCUACGCUUCCACUCUUGAAGAGGAUGACGAGUCUGGAUUAUCUCUCUAAAUCUGAUAAGAGUUUCAGAGUAUGCAAGAUGUGGCUUGAAAUGGUCAAGGCUCCUCUGUCUUUAACCGUGUCCUGUAAUUUUCAACUCUUAUGAAAAUGUAUUCUGUAUCUCCUUUCAUUCCCCCUAUUUUCUUUUUUGCUGAUUGAAAUAAAUGAGAGAAGCAAAAAUUCACACGUGAAAAGUUAAAUAGAGACCCCACCAUGUAAACACGUGACGAGAGGUGUUUACUAAAUUUUCAUUUAUAAACAGAAGAUUGGAAGAAGGGAGGGUUACGACA